AUGGCGUCGUCCCGCAGCUACUUCCUCUCGCAUCUGCUGAUGCUCCUCUGGGCUCUCCCAUAUGCCUACGGUGCCGCCCUCCCCUUCCUCACCGGCGAAGAUGACCUCAUCUCGCUGGUCAUCCGGGAAACGAAGACGAAGACGAAGAGCAAGUCCACCGGCGAGAAGACGCACGUCAAGGGCACGGACAAGAACAAGAAGACAAAGUCCAAGACGGACACGAACCACAACAGCAGCAGCAAGUCCAAGGGCAAGGGCAACACCGUCAACGUCAACGUCUCCAAGCCCAAGAAUCGCGGCGGCGUGAAGCUCACCACCACCCAGAUCAUCAUCGUCGUCGUCUCCGUCGUCGUCGCCGUCGCCCUUAUCUGCUUUAUCGUCUUCUUCGUCGUGCCAAGGCUCAAGAAGCGGUCCGCCCUCAAGAAGCAGCGCGCCCAGCAGAGGGAGUUUGAGGAGAAGAACCCCUCGCCCGAGGAGAAGCUCAUGAACGACUCGGACGACGAGCAGAGCUACCAGCCGGCGCAGUCCAGCAUUCACCCUGCGUACAGAGAUCAGAACCAUCAGGAGGGUCAGCAGCCGCAGACCUGGGCUCCGCCUGCGGGUCCCCCUCCUCCUGGCUUCUUGCCUCCUGCAUACAAACAGUAG